AUGAAGCAGAGAAAAGCAAAGAGCUGCAGGACUGCCAUGGACUUCUGCUGUUUCUGUGGACGUGGAGAGGACGAGCCCUUUAAUCAAGGUGGAAGCACAUCAUUAGAGUCGGCGGAGGGAUGUGCAGAAUUCUCACCCAAGGAGCCUCAAACGCAACAAGAUUAUGAAGAUUUGAUAUUGGGAGGCGAAACACGGUGGCUACAUAUCAAAAGCCAGGAUUAGUUGCCUCUUCAUUUCAUCUCCUCUGGCCUGGCCUCGACCAUGAGGCUAGAGCGCGGGUGGCGGGCUUCUCUGGCGCUCACCCUCAACUUUGUGGCGUUUGCUUUUGCCUUAUCAGCGGUGACCACCAGCUACUGGUGUGAGGGCACCAGGAAGGUGGCCAAACCCUUCUGCACAGGACCGCCGGUGAAGGUGAAGCAGUGGUUCUGCAUCCGCUUCAACAGCUCCAACAUCAACGACAGCCGUCUGGUCCAGUACAUCUUUGAGACCGGAGAGGAGAAGUUUCUCUUGAGGAAGUUCCACACAGGCAUAUUUUUCUCCUGCGAGCAGGCCAUCGAUAUGAACGGGUUUGACUGUCGAGACUUCUCAGAGAUCGCACCAGAACAUGAAAGAGGGGUCCUGUGGUUGUGUAUCGUCGCUGAGAGUCUGUACCUCACCCUGCUCUUCACGGGCGGGGCUCUGAUGGCCCUGGAGCAGUGUCCCUGCUUCAGUAUCAUGAACAAACUGAAGCUCAGUGCCUUCGCUGCCAUGUGCACUGCCCUGUCAGGCCUUUGUGGGAUGGUGGCCCACAUGAUGUUUACCACAAUAUUCCAGCUGGCUGUCGCGAUGGGGCCAGAAGACUGGAGGCCCAAGACCUGGGACUACAGCUGGUCUUAUGUCUUAGCGUGGGGGUCUUUUGGCACCUGCAUGGGCUCUGCAGUGACGGCGCUCAACAGGUACACAAAGACCAUCAUAGAGUUUAAGUACAAGCGGCGGAACAUCGAGAAGAGCCUGAUGAUCAAGCAGAAGAUGAUGGAGCUGGACCUCCCAGAGCAGAUGUGGGACAUGUACCUGACUGCUGUGCCCGCCGAUGCUGAGGGGCAGCUGGAACUGCCUGUCAACGGCCACAAACCGUCCACGGGGACGACAUAUGUGGUCGACAUGGACAGUGUACCAGAACAACAAGGAGAGGCCUACUGCUAAACGUAUCUCCCCUCCUGCCCCACUGGAACAGUUCUCGGGGCUGAUGUCCUGGACCUUGAUUGACUCUUGUUCUUGGAUUUAAAUUUCUAAUACAGGAGAAUAUUUGUCUGUUUUUGUUGCUUGCCACACAUAAUGUC